UUGGGCCCGUUUGAUGGAUGUCCGGCUCCAUGGCAACGCUUCCGGCCGUUGAACGUUAAACCGGCCAAAGUCGGACCCCUCAUAACGUACCUUCUCCUGGGCCCGGUUCAGGGACUUCUGGACCCGCUUGGCGAGGAACCCUGCCCCCGCCUGGAGGUUGGGACCCAUCUUGUUGUCCGCCAUGGUGCGCGUCCUCCCGGCUGGAGCUUUUUUUUUUUUGUCGCUUCCUUUCGGGGCGACCUCCCCUGCGAGGAGGCGGCGGAAGGUGGGGCAACUGGUGUCGGGACGCCCGGGGAACCGGUGCUCAGCGGGGCGGAGGCCCCUCCGUCAUCGCCGGGUUGCCUGUUCCAGCUCGUUGCCCCCCUUUUUACACCUACUCCGAGUUCUUGGGAAAGGUCUACCUGCUCCGACCUGUUCCGCCGUCAACUCAUCCAGCGACGCUCACCUGAAAGCGAUGUGCGCAAAUUACGUACGCAAACGGAAAUAACCGUCAAAAUGCCUCCCAUCGAAAACGACACCGGGAAGAGCGAGUUGAAGACUCAGAUUCAGCUCCUCAUUGACUCAAAUCAAGUGAUGGUCUUCAGCAAAAGCUACUGCCCCUUUUGUGUGAAGGUAAAGGACCUGUUCAAAGAGCUGAAAGUGGACUGUAACGUGGUGGAGUUGGACCUCAUAGAGAACGGCACCACCUACCAGGACAUGCUGCUGGAGAUGACCGGGCAGAAAACCGUCCCCAACGUCUUCAUCAACAAAACGCACCUGGGCGGCUGCGACAAAACCAUGCAGGUGAGGGCCGAACACGCGUUUGUGCACUUUACACGAACACCUGGAAAUAUGGGACCAUCAUCCAGAGUGGAGGUCUUCAACAGGGGGUCCGCGGCCCCUAGG